AGGAAGUGUUUAGGAAAAAAUGAGUGAUAAACCUUUGUACAAUUGAAUAAAAAACGGACUCGAAAUUUUUUAUCUAUCUCACAAACAAAAUUGGGGUGUGUACAUUUGAUAUUUUAAGGUGAAAACAUACUCCUUAGUCCAUACUAAUCCGUAUUCACUUUGUUCUGAAAUUCAGGGACCAUUUUCUGCGAUCGAAGUCUCGUCAGAUCUGAUGUAUGCACAAUGGCUGGCGACGUACGGACACAUUCUUUAUCAUCAUCAAUUAUCGUGUUCGGGACAACAUUCACCGGCAACCCCGACGACACCGACGGCGGCGUAAUCCAGCGCGAAAAGGUCAGACCGUACACCAGAAAACGCGAGAAAAGCAUCAUGUCCACCAUAGACGAGCUAAACCUCGUCGUAAAGAUCAGAACUUCCAGCGCCGGUCACCGUUGCGACGUCCGGCACGACGUUCCUGGCUUGUUUUUCUCUACCGGAGGAUACACAGGGAAUUUCUUCCACGAUUUCACCGACGGAAUAGUCCCCCUGUUCAUCACUUCCAAUAGCUUCAAGGGCAGGGUCGUUUUCGUCAUUUUGGAGUACCACCGGUGGUGGGUUACCAAAUACGACGAAAUUCUCAGCCACCUCUCCGAUUACCAAGUCAUAGAUUUCCGGCGAGAUAACAGAACCCAUUGCUUCCCCGGAGCCGUCGUCGGUCUAAGGGCACACGAAGACCUCCAAAUCGAUCCUUCUUUAACGGAAAACAACAUGACCAUCCAAGAUUUCAGAGACUUCCUGGACAGAGCUUAUUCAACCCGAAUCAGAGAAAUCGUGGAAGAGGAAGAAGAACUGGAACCGCCUCUGCCGGCGGCGGAAGAGAGGAAGAAACCCAGACUGGUGGUAAUGGCGAGGAACGAUUCAAGAAUGAUUCUUAACCAAAAGAAGACGAUAGAACUGGCCCGAGAAAUCGGGUUCCGGGUUGAGGUCCUGGUGCCGGACAGGAGGACGGAGCUGGCGAGGAUGUACAGGAUUCUGAAUGCCAGCGACGCCAUGGUGGGAGUCCACGGCGCCGCGCUGACGCACUUCAUGUUUCUCCGGCCGGGGUCCGUCUUCAUCCAGAUCGUCCCGGUCGGGAUAGACUGGGCGGCGGAGAAUUACUGCGAGAAACCGGCGGUGAGGAUGGGGUUAAAGUACAUCGGGUACAAAAUCGCGGCAAAUGAGAGCACGCUGCACAAGAAAUACGCCGAAAGCGACGUCGUUUUCACGAACCCUUUGAGCGUGAACAGAAAGGGGUGGAAUUACACUAAGGGCGUUUAUCUUGAUCAUCAAAAUGUGGUGCUUAACCUUCCCAGGUUUCGACCCUCUCUUCUCCGUGCUUAUGACUACUUAAAUCGUUUCUUAAAUGGGUGAUUAAAUUACAGCCCCUCCCACUCUAAAUGGAGACUAUUUCUUUUUCUUAUUGCUUAAUCAUCGGAUUUUGUUACACGAAUGGAAAUUUAAUACUCAUUUUUAUACAUUUUCAUGUACUUAGUGUGAUCUUUUUUUUUAAAGUGUAGUCGAUGUAGAUGUAGUAAUUAAUUAAUAUACGAAAAAACACUCGCUACAUUCAAAGUCAAUUAUCGUAGAUAUUGAGAAGUUUGUUCAUGCGA